AGCGCAGCGGAGAACGCGGCGCGGGGAAGCGGCGCCGCCGCCUCGCCGCUGACAGCGCGGUCAGCCUUCCACCCCCUCAGACCAGCAGUCCUGCUGAAGUUGGCGAAAAAAGCGAAUUUCAGCAACGGGAGGGGUUAGAUGAGAUGUCACAGAAGCAGCCUCACCUUCAGCCCUGACCUGCUGCUCCACUUCAGGUUUUCCCUACACACAGAGCUGAUACUGUCUGCUCAGGCAGAGGACCGUGUGAAGGACAGUCAAAAACUAAGAAGGUGACAGUCACGCUUUAAUCUUGUAUAAACACUAUAAUUAUAUUGAAGGGGUUUUUUUAAGUUUUUAACACAUCUGUUGUAAGUCUAAAGGGCGGGAAAACCUUUCUUCUUUUCUUCCCUUCAUAUUUUUUCCACAAAAUACGCGGGCGUCUACGGGAGCAAUUAGCACAGUUAAGCCCUCUUUUGUUACUUUUCCCCCGUUUCCUUCUCCUUCUCCGGGGGACCCGCGUGUUUCCUGGGGCAGAGCAGGGCGAUGGAGGCCGCGGACGUGCCGCCCGAGGGCUACUCGCUGAUCAAGGCCGUGUACCAGCGGCGGCUGCGCCUCGCGCGGCUGCUGAUCGACGGCGGGGCCUACGUCAACGAGAGCAACAGCCGCGGCGAGACCCCGCUCAUGGUGGCCUGCAUGACCCGGCACGCCGACCUGCAGAGCGCCAGCAAGGCCAGGAUGGUCAAGUACCUGCUGGACAGCAAGGCCGACCCCAACAUCCAGGACAAGUCCGGGAAGACGGCCCUGAUGCACGCCUGCCUGGAGAAGGCAGGCCCCGAGGUGGUGUCCCUGCUGCUGAUGAGCGGGGCCGACCCCAGCCUGCCAGACCACUCCAACCGCUCUGCGCUGGUGUACGCCAUCAACGCUGCCGACAGAGACACCCUGGAGCUGCUGCUGAAGGCCUGCAAGGCACGGGGGAAAGAAGUGAUCAUCAUCACCACGGACAAGUCCGCGUCGGGGAGGCAGAAAACUAAGCAGUACCUGAACGUGCCUCCUCCAGACCUCGAGGAAUGCACCUCCCCAGCUGAUUGCACCUCCCCGUCAGAAAUAGAACCAAACGAGGGCCCGGAAGACCCUUUCAGCUUUAAAGAGCUGUAUGGUGGGCAACAGGGGGACAACUCGUCUGAAAGAGUGCCUCUAAUGACCAAAUCCAGCUCCACACCAGCGCGGUUCAAGCUGACACGGGUGCUGCAGUGUGACCCGUGGCUGAAGUGCUGUCCAGCAGUGUUUCAGCAGAGGAAAAUUGCUUCUCCACAAGAACUUCAGUGUAGCAGUCCCAUGGAAGAGCUCUCCUGUACAGUCAGUGGCCUUGACUUGUGCAAGAGUGUCACCACCAGUCACAAAAGCAGAGACAGGAAGGACACCGCUCAGGUACUGAAAACCUCUGAUCAAACCAUGUCAAGGAAAGCAUUGCGUGAUGCAGUAAACUAUCAGACUCCUUUUGUUGAAGAGAAACACAACCCCAGUGAGAUUCCCAUGGGCAUGGAUGCCAGUCUGGGACAAAUCAGCUUACUUUCAGACCUUGACAGCAUUAUCAAGAAAGGAAGUGGAGAAGCAAAUUACAACAUCUCCAGUUCUCACUCAACUAACAGUCUAGUUCCUGCUGCUGAUACCAAAUGUAGUAAGUCACCAAAAGGAAAUAAAGAGAUUCUUCCUACAUACCAGACUUUGUUGCCAAGUCCGAGAAGAGUUCUGGAGAUGUCUCCUGUUUCUCCAAGAGGCAGAAAUCAGGCUCUAGAGGAAGAGGCCUCAGGAGCCUCAGUGCUGGAUCAGACGAGGCCAGGCUUCCUGCCUCCGCUGAAUGUGAGCCCCCACCCCCCAGUUCCAGAGCUCACUUUCAUAAACACAGUUUCUGGAAUGAUUUCUUACGGACAAACUCACUUAGUACGACCAGGAUCUGCCUUCCCUAAGGGGACCAAAGAGACAAAUCUGCUGCGGAGGAGGCCGUACGAGCAGAUCACAGUGUGAGCAGAUUCAGCAGUUACUGAAUCUUUAACAGGAGAGCAAAGGGGAUCUUUACUAUAUGUAAAUAUUCACUGCAGUCCUUGACUGUAAUGGCAUGUAUCACAAAAUAGAGCAGGUCUGUGAUGUAAAGUAAUGAUGCCUCAGGAUGAGUGGGAUAGCUCAGAAACUAAAUGAAAAGACAUCUAAUGAGGCUGUCUUCUGCAAACUAAGGAGUGUUUACUUUGCUAGUUUUGUAAAGUUUCCAACUUGCCUGUGGCAGACAACCCACAGCAGUCCUCAGGCAUUGUAGGUUGUAAAUACCACCCCUCCAAGCUUUCCCCAAACACACACCCUUCCAGUGCCCAGGGAGGUGGUGCCCGUGGAAUUUGGGACCCCGAAGCGUUUGACUGCGACGCUGGACACCAGACUGUGCGUGUGUCCAGGCUGUAUAUACACAGAAACCCCAGGGACAUCAGCGUGCAGCAGGCGCACAGCGGCAGCGUCUCCUGGCCUCAGCAGCCCCGCUGCGAGCGAGCAGACACCCAUGUCACAGCUGGUGGCACUGGUGUCGCAGCUGGUGGCACUGGUGUCGCAGCUGGUGGCAUUGGUGUCGCAGCUGGUGGCAUUGGUGUCGCAGCUGGUGGCACUGGUGUCGCAGCUGGUGGCAUUGGUGUCGCAGCUGGUGGCAUUGGUGUCGCAGCUGGUGGCAUUGGUGUCACAGCUGGUGGCACUGGUGUCGCAGCUGGUGGCACUGGUGUCGCAGCUGGUGGCAUUGGUGUCGCAGCUGGUGGCACUGGUGUCGCAGCUGGUGGCACCGGUGUCGCAGGGCCGUGCUGCCCGCGGAACCCCGGCUGCGGGCCAGCAGCGUGGGCCGCACGCCCGGCUGGCCCCGGAGCCCUGCUGGGGCCAGGGCAGCGCUGCCGGGAGCCAGCAGGGCGAGUGACCCGCCCGGGGCGUGCCGCUGGCCAGCCCCGCUCAGGCUGUCCCCGGGCGCCGCGGGCUGCUCCAGCGGCCGCCUCCCGAAUCCGCUGCCCGGGGGAAGGUGAGACUGCGGGAGGCAGAGCCCGCACCUCAGACAGGCUCUGUAGCCUGCCGCGGUUCUGGAGCCCCCCAAAAAGAGACGCGCACGGCAGGCUGGAGCCAUCUGCCCCAGUCACUGCCCUCCUCGCCGGGACGCUGGGGCACACACACACAUUUAGGAGCAGGGAAGAGCUCUGUCCUCCCGCUCACACAGACACAAAAAAGAUACCCCAGGGAAGGUGAGGCCCUGGCACAGUUUCCCCGGAGAAGCUGUGGCUGCCCCAUCCCUGGGAGUGCUCCAGGCCAGGCUGGACAGAGCUGGGAGCAGCCUGGGAUAGUGCAAGGUGUCUCUGCCGUGGCAGGCACCUUGGAAUGGCAUAGGCUUUUAUUUCAGGAGGUUUCCAACCCAAACCACUCUGUGAUCCAGUGAGCCCAAUUGUGAAGCUCACCUGGGAGAUGGAAACCCACAUUUUGCCUGAUUUGAAACAGAGGACUGAAUUUCACACAAGUGGAAAGCAGUCCUCUGCAGCCUCCAAGCUACUGUGUAUUUUUAAGUAUCUCUGUGUAAAACUCUUUCUUUCCUGUAGUGUCUUGUGAUUCCAAGUAUCUCCCUUGCCUUUGUGUGCAUCCCAUAGAUGUUGGAUUUUUGGUAUUGCACUUGGCAUUUAGAUCUCAUCUUGUAAAUUUUGAGAAAAAGUGAAUGUGUUCUGUUUUGUUGUAAUUUACAGAAAUUAGUUGUAUCGAAAUUGUGUGUGUGUAAUGUGAAUUUCAGUAUACUGAAAUUAGGUAUUCUUUUCCUGAAAAUACUCAGUGGGUAUGUUACAGCUUCAGUCAAAGUUCACCAAAUCUGACAUUGCCUAAAAAAAAAGCCUGUAAUGUUAUUUAUCUUUGCACUUAGCAGGAGACAAUUUAACGGGGAUCUUAAACAUAAACCAAUUUAAACAGGAUUGGAGAUAUAAAACAAUUUGAAGGGGAUCACAAACAUACCAAUAUUUAAUGGGGAUUAUCACCAUAAAACAAUUUAAUGGGGAUUCUAUACAUUAAACCAUUUAAAGGGGAUUAUAAACAUAUACUCUCUGUAAAUAGCUUUUUGGGAGUAUUUGUUUCCAUUCAGGUUCUGCCUUUUCCUUCAGGAGAUUUUCCUGGAUCAAGCCCUGUGUACAACAGGUACAAAAAAGGGAUUAUGUGGACAUACUUUUAUGAUACAGAAGUUAUGUGGAACAACAUAUGUCAGUAUUAACUGAGUACAAAUUAAGUCCCUACACAGAAUACACUUUCCAAAUGUUUUUACUAUAAUACAAAAGGAAAUGGCAAGUUCUCAUCUGUUCAUCUCAUAGUGAAGUUAAAGAUUUUAAGGGGAAAUUAGAUCUUCAAAAAAUAAAAAUACUUAGAAGAAAUUGACUAUCACCAGGUGUUCUAAGUGGUGUCUUUGCUGAGGGUAUAAAGCCCAAUUUAUGCUGUGUUGAUUUUAAAAUUAAUUAUGUAUAUGGGACUAUGGCUCCCUUAAAUGAAACCAUAAUUUUUCUACUAAAUGCUCAGGCAAUGGAGGGCAGUGGGAAGUGUCUGGAAAGGAAAGUUUUUGGUAGUGUUACCAGUAUUUUGUGAUUAAUUGUGAUGCAAAGUAGUGCAAAGUGUUAAUAUUAUUGUUUGUGUUACUGUUACAAGUGACCUUCAAAGGAAAAAAGCUUUGUUCUGUUGCUGUUGUUAUGCUGAAUAAAUAAAAGGGUUUUUUUUCCCCUCUCAGAGGGAACAUGGAAAUAAGCACAUGCUUUUAUUCACUACUCGGGAAAUGAUGAGUCAUUGCAAAAGGUACUCACUCAGAAGUGUUUCUCAGGCUGCCUCUGUACAAGAAAAUGGGAACAGUUACUUCGAUUUAAUCCAACACAGCUAAAUUUGCCCAGAGCACGGUGCGAGAGAGGCUCUCUCCACCUGCCGGACGCUCCCCGCGGCUCCACUGGUGGAGCAGAGAUGCACUUGUGUUAUCUUUGAAGCCUUAAUCCAUGACAUUUCACAGCCGCCCCGAUGUUCUUUCCAGCAGAGCACGGUCAGCCCGACCCGAGAGCCUGAUGUUAAAUCCUGCGUUAAAAACAAGCCCUUUCGGUGGCCUUGGUGGCUCCCAGCAGCUGUGGCCCCGCCGCUGACAGUGGCCCCCGAGAACGCCGUGAAACCACACAAUGAAAGUAACUUCAAAACAAAUAGUGGCGGCCUCACAGGAAGCAGCGAUUAUGUGAGAACUCCCCAUUAUUUCGGUUUAAGAGAUUUAAGGACAGCAAGUCGCUACACAGAAAUGUCGUAAAGUAGCAGCUUUCAAGGUCGUGUUUAAGGUGGAAUGUUCAAAAUACAGGCUUCAAAAUACCUUUCCCUGCACAUUUAAUUUGGUUUUGCUUUUAAGGAGUAAUUGCUUUGUUUUGAUCUUUGUCUUUUACAAUUACACAGCACUUCCAAAAGAAUAUUGCCAUAAUUUGA